AAAGUUCUUCCAGUGAUACAAAGUACAAGAAUCUGAGUUUAUCAAAGCGCACUAAGUUUUAGCUAUGAUUAUAUCAUAUUUUCCAAAACGUGGUGCCGUUUUAGCCCUCUCUGUCCUGAGUGUUGGUGCACUGGACACUAUCGCUGCAGUGUAUGAGCAUGCUGUUAUGUUACCAAACAGAACAGAGGCUCCUGUGCCAAAAAAAGAAGCUUUGCUCCUGAUGAGCAGGAAUAUAGAUGUCUUAGAGAAAGCCGUUAAACUGGCAGCCAGGCAGGGUGCACAUAUCAUUGUGACCCCAGAAGAUGGAAUUUAUGGCUGGAUCUUCACAAGGGAGACCAUUUAUCCCUAUCUGGAGGUUACCCCAGAUCCUGAAGUGAACUGGAUUCCAUGUAGAGACCCCGAGAGGUUUGGCUGCAGCCCAGUGCAAGAAAGGCUCAGCUGUCUGGCCAAGGACAACUCUAUCUACAUUGUGGCAAAUACUGGGGACGAGAAGCCAUGCAAUGCCAGUGCCCCUCACUGUCCUCCUGAUGGUCGUUACCAAUACAACACUGAUGUGGUGUUUGAUUCUGAGGGUAGGCUGGUGGCCCACUACCACAAGUACAAUCUUUUUGCACCUGAAAUUCAAUUUGAUUUCCCCAAGGAUUCAGAACUUGUGACUUUUGACUCUCCCUUUGGGAAGUUUGGCAUUUUCACUUGCUUUGACAUUUUUUCUCAUGACCCAGCUGUGAUGGUGGUGGAAGAGUUUCAGGUUGACAGCAUUCUGUACCCCACGGCCUGGUACAACACGCUGCCCCUCCUCUCUGCAGUCCCCUUCCACUCGGCAUGAGCCCGAGCCCUGGGAGUCAACCUGCUUGCUGCCAAUACCCACAACACGAACAUGCACAUGACACAAAGUGGAAUCUACUCACCGGAUGCUGUCAAGGUGUAUUACUAUGACAUGGAAACAGAGAGCGGCCAGCUGAUGCUCUCAGAAUUGAAGUCCCGGCCUCGAAGAGAGCCCAGGUACUCUGCAGCUGUUCACUGGAGUGCUUAUGCCAGGGGUGUCAAGCCAUUCUCAUCUGAACGGUUGAAUUUUCCAGGGAUGAUUUAUUUUGAUGCGUUCACCUUCACCAAGCUUAAGAGAAACACAGGAAAUUACACAGUUUGUCAGAAAGACCUGUGUUGUCACUUAACCUGCAAGAUGUCUGAGAAAGGAACCAGUGAGGUGUAUGCACUAGGUGUCUUUGACAGACUGCACAUGGUAGAAGGCCAGUAUUACUUACAGGUAUGCACAUUACUGAAGUGUCAAACCACUGACCUGAGAACUUGUGGAGAGCCUGCGGGGUCAGCUUUUACCAAGUUUGAAGAAUUCUCCCUCUGUGGCACAUUUGGAACGAGCUAUGUUUUCCCACAGAUCAUUCUUAGUGAGAGUCAGCUUGCCCCUGAAAGACAUUAUGAGGUAGAAGAAGAUGGACGUCUGCAGAGCCGAGGUGGAGCCCCUUUGCCUUUCUUGGUUCUGGCCCUGUAUGGAAGAGUGUUUGAGAGGGACCCUCCACGCUUAGGGCAGGGAACUGGGCAACUGCCAUGA